UACGUCUACGGGUUUUCGUGUAUACUAGCAAUGUUAUAGCGUUACUGGAAAGUUUUAAACUUGAAGGAGAGAUAUUUAACGUUUGAUUUACCAUCGAAACAGAUUGAAACGGCAAAAAUAAUCCCCUGCCACCGGGAGUAGAAAUGCGUCGCCAUGUACAGUGUCCGCGGACCACUUGCCGAACACGAGCACACAGACGACAGCCUUAAGCAACGCCCCGUCCGCCACACAUGGUGCCAGUCUCUGCGCCACAAUUUCCAUUUCAAGAACUUGAUCUUGACCUUGCUCAUAUACGGGUGCCUUGGGGCAAUCGCCUGGUGUCGCUUGGCUGUAGUCACCACCGUAGUUGUUUAUAACGAGCGUUACUUCUCACAUCGAGGAGUGGCAAAGAGUAGUCCGUGCGCGGAUGGUUAUAUUUAUAUUCCGGUGGCGUUUGUGAUACUUCUGUAUUUGGUGUAUUUAGUAGAAUGCUGGCACUGUCACACGCGGAUUGAGCUCAGACACAAAUGUGAUGUUCAAACAGUGUAUCACAAGAUGCGACAGAUGAGAGAAGCUCUGCCUAUAGCUUGGUGGAAGGCUCUGUGCUACCACUACGUUCGAAGAACUAGACAAGUUACGCGUUACCGUAACGGCGACGCAUUUACAUCAACUCAGGUCUAUUACGAAAGGGUCAACUCGCAUACAGCGGGAUGUGCUUUUAACUUUACUAAUUGUGGCUAUAAGGAUACCACGAAGGUCGUGACUGGUCUAGAAGAUUACCAAGCCACUAAAAUAAGAUUUUCGAAAACCUUUUCGUUCCUUCAUCCAGAUGCAAAGUACGAGUUCGACGAACAGCGAAACCAAUUUUUCAUGGACAAUGAGCGGAGGGAUGAUUAUCUUGAGACACGCGAGGGCCUAGACCUACUUAAUGUGAAUUUCAAAGAGUAUAUGAUUGCCUUUAAAGAUCCCGAUAAUUUGCCGUGGUAUGUUUCUAAUGUAGUUUUCUGGAUCUCUUCGUUUCUUUUGAUGUCUUGGCCUCUAAGGAUACUCAUUGACUUCAAAACAGCCUAUAUUCAUUACCAUGUACAUAAAGUGUUCGGUACUAAGUAUGUAAAUUCGGACAUAAAUGAUAGAAGCCAAAUUCGCAGGGUAAAUACAGUUGGAAGUGUAGAUUUAGAGAGCAUCGUUCGGAAUAAUUUCACCAUUGUGCCAAGCUAUUCUCAAGCGCUCUUAAUGACUGAUGGUACCACUAGCAGUCACACGUUGCAUGAUGCAAAUGCAAAUAUCACAUCGCCCGUGGUCGGGCCAACCAGAAGCACUACUUGGAAUAAUAUAUCCCAAAGCACCAGUAGCGGCUACAUAAGUGGUUUCUUUUCUAGUGCUAAUAUAUCUAAUAUGCCAAAUUCUAUUAGCGUCGAUGGUGAUGGCAUUGUGCCUAGACCUCGCAUACGAAGUAACAGUUUACAUAGAUCGCUAAGGGAUUUACUUCGAUCGCCUUGGACUCGACGAAAAGCACAAAGGCAUGUUCGUAGUAAUACAAUGUUUAUGCUAUCCAGCCCAGACUCUGUCGAUGAAUAUUCCUUAACUGUUGACCAACAAUUGAUGUCUGUUUACGCCUCAAAGAACCAUUCCUCGUUUAGUGACGUAAGUUCCCCGCCGUCUUGCGGUAAUAACGCGUCAUGCAGUUACUCCGACAGACUUUUCCAAUCAGGAAACAAAAGUUGCCAGUCACAACAGACUUCACUGCUUCCUGAAAAUGUCUCUGGCCGUGACAAAUGCCCAUUAUUACCAGCCGUGCAGACAAAUACUGAAAUUAGCACGCAGAAGAAAAAUAUAGAGGCCGGAUGUACAAGCAGCUCCGGAGAUGGUAACGGCACAAAGUCAUUACGACCACUUUCAAUUGCCAAGCCACCUAAUGACUUGAUAGAAGACCCCAACAACCCCGGAUUUAUGUCAAAGUUUGUGAAAAGCAACCUACCGAAAGUUCCUAUUCCUAGAAUUAUAUGUGAGAGUUACGAAAGUGUUAAUUUUGCACCUACACCGUCUUCUCCCCCCGGAUACGACGAGGCGUUACACAUGCAGAGGCCGUGCGACGGGGCGCUCUUCCAAGACGCGCCGUCCGAAACCAGCGGUCUUCUGCCACCAAACUCGCGAGGUCAUGGUCGAUAUUGUGCAAUCAUGGAAACCUCACUUUAGUUCAAUAAAGGGACGUAGUAAGUAUUGGUAUAUGAAUUUGAAAGAUGAUAU